AUGAACCGCUUUCGUAACAACCACACCGCAAAGAACUCUGUGAAAAAUGACAGAGUGUUAAGAAAACUAAGCCCAGUAGAAGGCUUCCAAGCUGCUGGGCAUUCACUGCGCAUCUAUGUUGGAUGCGCGAUAGCUUGCCGCUACCAUGUACCAAAGAGCUUUCAAGGUUCUACUGCUGAAUCAGAACUCGAACAUAAACUUGAGCACUCAAUUGCGUGUGCUAUCGCUCAGCAUCCUCUUUUCACCGUUGGUCGAAUUAAUGAGGCGUCAAAGAAGCAAUAUUGGGUUCGACUGGACCAUAUUGACUUCAACUACCACAUCACUUGGCAGACAAUCUCCGAGGGAGAGGACUACAAGACAGCACUUGAUGCCGCUUUAGACUGGCAGGUCAAUGAACAGUAUACUGAUUUGGAAACGAGACCUCAGUGGAGAGCAACAAUUUUAAAGUCUGCAAAAGGCGAUUUUGUCGAUGUCAUCUUUGCUUGGGAUCACACAGUAGGAGAUGGGAAAAGUGGAAGAUUCUUCCACGAUAGUCUCCUCGCAUGCCUUAACAAAGAGGCACACAGUGAUAUGAUCAUCUUGAAAGACAGAUCUUUCAAAGUGCCCAUUACUGACUUUACUCCUCCGCUACAUCAUUUGCUCAAGCUACCAGUUUCGCUCAACUUCAUCUUCUCUACCUUCAGCCAAGAUUUGAUGCCGCAGUCGAAAUCCACGAAACCUCAAACCGCGAACUGGGCACCAAUUACAAUGGAACCAUACGAGACCCGUCUCAAAUCGAUCACCCUUGCGAAUGAUGUCUUGAAGCCUGUACUAGACGCUUGUCGCAAACAGGAAACGACAUUGACGGGGCUUUUGCAUGGUCUCAUCUCAGUAUCAAUGGCAACUCGACUCGCCGAAGACAAAGCUCGUGCGUUUGAAUGUGGGACACCUGUUUGCCUGAGACAGUUCCAGCAACCAGGAAUGUCAAAGGUGGACUUGAACCAGACAGCUAUUAACAGUGUGGUAUAUUGGCCCUAUGUAUUUGAGCCAGGUCUUGUUGCGACAAUUAGACAACAAGUUAGCGAUGCCCAGGCAAAUUCUGAGCUAAACAAGAAGAUCGAGGACACAGUUUGGUCUGUAUCCAAGUCCCUGAGAGAAGGAUUGUCCGCCAAGUUGAAGCUUGGUGCUAAGAAUGAUACAAUCGGACUUGCAAAGUUUAUCACUGACUGGAAGUCAUAUCUCAAGGAAAACUCCAAGAUACGUACGCACUCCUGGGAGGUCAGCAACCUGGGAGUCAUACAAGGAGAGUUGCCAGGUGAUACUGGCACUGAGGACUGCUGGAAGGUGGAGGACGCUACAUUUACCCAAAGUGCAUCUGUGGCUGGACCGGCCUUGACUUUCAGCGUGAUUUCAGUCAGAGGUGGAGGUCUCACUCUUUCGUGCAGCUGGCAAACUGGGGUAGUUGAUGAUGGGUUGGCUGAAGGUGUUUCCAAUGAUCUCGGAACGUGGUUAGAUGGUUUGGGUCGGCAUGGUUGUAUUAAUUUCACCACAUGA